AUGGAUCUACUUCUACGAGAGGAGGCCGGCAGGGCCCAAGACAUCUCGGAAAUCCUCAACGCGGUACGCAACAAUGACUUGGACCACGAGCAGGACAUUACCUUGGCGAUCACCGGCCUAAACGGAUUGAGCUGGGCACUUCGAGAACUCAACAGACAGAUCGACGCCGUCAAUGGGAGACUCAGGAAAACCUUUGCCAAUGACCUCAAACUCCUCCAGCACAGCGUCGCUUUCACGUUACAAGAUGUCUGGACCAUCCUCGGCAGACUACCUCGUGUUGCGAUCGCCGCCGACUACCAAGAUGCGUGGAAAGAACUUGUCCGAUAUUGCACGAACAUGGGAAAGCAGACCCUCGAUAUGCGACUAAAGACGUAUGAGCUGUUUGCAUGCUCGCUGUGUAAAGUUCUCCAAAGGUAG